AUGAAGCUGAGCAGAAGAGAGGUUCCUAUUUAUGGCCAAGCAAAGGUUUUUGCAAUGAUCCCAUCGGUUCAGGAGGAAGAGGUUUUUGUGGUUCUAGAGGGCUCAACUCUACUACAUGUUCUGCAAACUAGAGUUCACUCAAUGCUAUACUUCAUUGUUCCAGGUCAUAACCAGCCAGAGAUGGUGCGUGUCCGAGCGUUCAUAUAUACAGAUGAUGCUGUGAUGUGUGUGGGUGUGUCUUAUCUGACAUACGUGGAGGAUAAUGCACAGGAGCUGGCUGAAUACCUGGUUACCCAUAGCGACUGUCUCAGCACCACUGAGCACAGACAUCUGAUUGGUCGAUAUGUUUUGAAUGACAGCUCUGCAAGGACAGAUAUGGAUCAUAGGGUCACACUCGCCCUAGCCAACCUACACACCCCUCACAAUCUUCUCGGACAGUCAUCACAAGAAUCUCUCCUGCAUGUGUGCGUGCGUCUGGGUUUUGUGAGCGUCUCCGAGUUCCUUCUCUGUCAACCUGGCGCCCUGAUGACUAUCUGCUCAGCCAAUCAGGAUGGGGACACGCCUCUUCAGCUGGCCCAACAGACCAAUCAGCAUGCUCUGAUAAAACUCUUUAAGCAUCCUCCUAAUCCAUUAUCCACGCCCCUGGCAGGCGUGUCACAGGUGUGGGCGGGUAAAUCCCACCUCCUCAGGUUUAGCCACGCCUCUGGGAUGCUGUCUCUGUCUGUGUGUGUAUCCCAGUCCUGUCCUACUACACAGACCUUUCAGUCAUCCAUAUUACUGCUGCGAGAGUAUGUGAAGGAUUCUGCUCUACUAAACAAGAUCAAAGGUCUGGGAGUGGAUACAGACAGAGGAGCUGAAAGCAACACUCUGUUUUCAUUCUCAGGUUCUCCAUACUCUCUGUUUCACAAUGAAUGGUUUAAUAAUUCCAGUCAGGAUGAAGAUGAAGAUCUUUUAUCAUCUGACGACUCUGUUGAUGGACUCACAACUCAUACUGCUUCAACAUCCAGUUCUCUCACUGACUCCAGCAGUACCAUAACAAACAGCAUCAACACUCUGCAGGCUGGUGAGGAUCAGGAAUCAUUUGACUCUUUUGAGUUUGAAUCAGACUCUGCGGCAUCUGAGCAAGAUUCUCCAGUCCAAGACAAAUUACUCAUCUCUAGUCCACAGGACGGGCCGUUCCCCUUCAUCAAUGAAGAAACAUCCACAGAGACCAGACAUCCUGGUAUGUGGUGUGAUAAAUCAGAGGAAGAAGAGAAAGAGAAAUUCAUCCCUACAUCCAAAAGUGAGAUAGAGAAAUAUAAAGUGAGUCGAACACUAAGCUUUCUCAGGAGCCGGAUGGUCAACACCAAAAUAAAAAAUAAGGUCAAUGCAGAGGUUUCCUCAGCUUUGCACCAGCUCUGUCCACCGCAGCAGCCGGUUAAAGCAGCUUGUGUAGUCUGUGAGGUAGCUGACAGUAAUGAACCACAGCAGUGCACAUACUGCUCCAUGAUCAUUCAUAAAACCUGCUGUGACUCUGCACCUGUGUGUGUAAAGGCGAGUGUUUCUGUGUUAAAAAUAUGA